UCGUGUGUCGUAGUCGUUCAAUUCCGUUCAUUCGCCAACCGGAUCCACGUGGAUACCACCACUGUCAAUAGAUAACAGCGCUACACAAAUCUUGGAAACGUAAAAUGGAUCCCGACGGUUUCAAGGAUUUCGCUAAGGAAAUGGCGGAAUACAUUGUUAAUUAUCUGGAGAAUAUCAGGGACAGAAAAAUACUUCCAGCAGUGGAGCCAGGGUACAUGAAACCUCUUUUGCCAGCUGAGGCUCCACAAACUCCAGAAAAUUGGAAAGACAUUAUGGCAGAUAUUGAACGAGUAAUCAUGCCAGGAGUGAGUAACGUUACUCAUUGGCAAAGUCCUAAAUUCCAUGCUUAUUUUCCCACGGCUCAAUCAUAUCCAGCAAUCGUUGCCGACAUGCUUAGCGGUGCUAUUGCUUGCAUUGGAUUCAGCUGGAUCGCGAGCCCUGCUUGCACAGAAUUGGAAGUGGUAAUGUUAGACUGGUUGGGAAAGAUGUUAGAUCUACCUAAGGAAUUUUUAGCUUGUAGCGGUGGAAAAGGAGGCGGUGUUAUUCAGGGAACUGCAAGUGAAGCAACUUUAGUGGCACUUCUCGGUGCCAAGGCUAAAAAAAUAAGCCAGGUCAAGGAACAACAUCCUGACUGGACAGACAACGAAAUAGUGGAAAAACUAGUCGCCUAUAGUUCCUGUCAAGCUCACAGUUCUGUAGAACGAGCUGGCCUUCUAGGAGGCGUAAAGUUCCGGUCAUUAGAAGUUGACUCUAAAUACAAACUUCGAGGUGAAACACUUGCAGAAGCUAUUCGCAAGGAUAGAGAACAAGGAUUAAUUCCAUUUUACGCUGUUGCAACGUUAGGAACAACUUGCUCUUGCGCAUUUGAUCGUUUGGACGAAAUGGGUGUUGUAGCAAAUCGCGAAAACCUUUGGUUGCAUGUGGAUGCUGCUUACGCUGGUUCCGCCUUCAUCUGCCCGGAAUUCCGGCAUUUAAUGAAGGGCAUUGAGUUAGCUGAUUCCUUCAAUUUUAAUCCGCAUAAAUGGAUGUUGGUGAACUUUGAUUGUUCAACUAUGUGGUUAAAGGAUCCGACUUAUGUUAUUAACGCGUUCAACGUCGACCCGUUGUACCUGAAACAUGAUAUGCAAGGAUCUGCUCCAGAUUAUAGACAUUGGCAAAUUCCAUUGGGGCGUAGAUUCAGAGCACUGAAACUGUGGUUCGUGCUGAGAAUUUAUGGGGUGGAAAACCUUCAACGAUAUAUCAGGACUCACGUCGCCCAAGCUCAUGAAUUCGAAGCAUUGGUCCUUUCAGAUCCACGAUUCGAGAUUGUGGCUGAAGUGAUAUUAGGACUCGUCUGUUUUCGGUUGAAGGGAUCGAACGAAAUAAAUGAGAAUCUGUUGAAGAAAAUCAACGCUGCCAGAAACAUUCAUUUGGUGCCAUCGAAGAUAAACGAUAUGUAUUUCCUGCGGUUCGCAAUUUGUUCGCGGUUUAGCGAGAGCAAGGAUAUUCAAAAUUCCUGGAAGGAAAUAAAGCUCAGAGCGGACGAAGUCCUCGAGGAGCAGUCGGUUUCUAAGUGAUGGCGGGCUCAGAUAGCUCGUGGCUGCAGAUCUUUAGCACCUGCUACCUGCAAUCAAUCCUAGUUUAUAGUUGUUUUCGUGUUAAGUAGUCCUGGAAGAACGAGUGGAUAAUUAAAAUAUGGCGAUCUGUCUAACGUAUUUCAAAGUUUGACAGUUAAUAACGAAACCAACAGAAGUAAAACUUCUCUGUUAAUUGCUUCUGUUUUAUAUGUAUUCACGAAAGAUAACGUAAUUCUAAUUUUCUUUUAUGUACAAACAUUAUUUAAUAACUUUGGAAUAGAAAAUUAGUGACAUAUCUUUCAAUUGUAACAAACAUUGCAAGAAGAAUAUUUUGAUCGGAUCACAUUAGAAACUACAAUAUUUGUAAAUUCCAUGGCGUAAACGGAGAUAAUUAUCCAUUUAUUUUUUUCGUAAGUAAAAUAGAAUAAAUAUUAUAUUGGGAUCAGUUUGCUCAUUUAUGGACAAAGUAACAUACUUAGUGCAAAGGGGCAAUGACACUUGAAACAAUUGUAUAUUUAAAAAUUCCUAUCACUGAAGCAUCUAAAUAUUUUUCAAAGCACUUAACAUUAAUUUAUAGAAAAAAUGUUGUAGCAACCCUUAUCUGCAGUGAUUUAUUAAUCCUUAAACGAUGACUGAGUUAACUUUGACCCAUACGUACGAAUUAUACGUAACAGAUAAAAAUUAAAAACCUUAAAUUUCCAAAUGAAAAACUUUCAUAUAUUGGAAAUAGUGUAUCCUUAUCAAAUAUAGAAAAUUAAAAUGAUUUUAAACUCAUCAUCAUUCUUUGGAUCAUUCAAGACUCAGCUCCGCUAUUUGAGGAUUAAUACAUGCCUCAUUAAAAGAUACUUAUCAGAUAAUUAAUAAGAUUUGGAAAUACGUUGGACACAUUGGGAAAUACGUUCCAAGUGUACGUAAGAUGCCAAAGAUCGUUCUUCGAAUGUCGUUUUACGCAAACAAGCACAUAAUUCGCAUAAACGCAGUAUUACUGUCACCUUGUGCCACUUUUUUCCCAACAGCUAGCCAACCUUCUAUAGAUCCAUUGGAUCACUUUCUUCAAUCAUUGAAUGACACAAGAUACACUGUGCAUCUUUUGCAACCAUAUUGCAUGGUUAUUGACACAUACGUUAUUUGCAAAAAUACUGUUGGUUAUUUAAUCGAAGAAACAGAAUCUUCUUCUCAAUCACUCUUGUGUAAAUCGUACAAGUUAGUAAUAUUACAUAAAUCCAACAGAAUUUUUGCAUUUGUAUCAUGGAUUGCCAAAAAUACAUGGUAUUAUAGAGGAUGUUUCUUUAGGAAAAUUUUUUGUCUAAAGUUUGUCAGUAUGUCUUAUUAGUAUAAAAGAGAAGAACAAACUGUUAUUACUCCUGAAUUUCAGGUUAUUCAUCUUGGAAACGUGUGUAAAUUUAACAGAUUAUGUAGUGCAUCCUACUGAAAAAGUUUUGAAAAAAGAAAAGUAGUUAAAAUGUACUUUUAUGACUCAGUCAUUGCAUGAAUCAAAGUCUAAAAAAUUUAGACUGAAAUGGAAAUUAUAAGGCAUAUAAAGUCGUGAUUAAAAAAUUACCUAUUUUCAGAUAACUCGUUACUCUCUAUUUACACUUAUAAGAUGUACUGACAAAACUUAGGCAAAAAAAAAAAAAUGAGGUACCUUUACAGAGUAUUCCACUAUUGAUGAUGCAACUGGGAUGGACAUGGUUCUAAACGUGAAAAUGACCCGAAAAUAUACAAUAAAAUUUUUUCAUACGUAGCUUUGUUUAACAAAAAAAAUAUUUUUCAGAAUAUUUUGCCAGAAAUAUUUAUAUGCCAUAAAAAAGAUAACAAUUUUUAACAGUCUUUUUGUUAAUUUAGUGAUUAGUGAAUGUAGUAUAUUAAUAAGAAUUCUCAUACACGCCCAUGAUAAUACCUGUGAUUUCAUUUAUUCGUGAUUGGUCGUAUAAGUUGAUACUAUUCGGCCAGCAGACUUACUUACUCGGUUUUGUAAAAAAUGUUUAAAUCUUUUAAUUUGCGAAGUUCCUAAUUCACAAAAUUUUUAAAUUUUGAAAUCCAGAAAUUUGUGUUUUAAUAUUUAAGAAUUUUGGUUGUUUGAAACUUGAAGAUCUGGAGAUUGGGCAGUUCAUAAUUAGAUAUUUAAAAAUUUUCGAAAUUAAUAAUUCAAACAUUUGAGGAUUUGAGUAUUAAAAAGUUAAAGAAUCUCAGAAUUUAACUUUAAAGUUUCUUAAAUCUGAACGUUCAUGAACUUAGAAAUUCGGAAAUUUGAAUUGAAAUUCGAAAAAUUGAAAAUUUGUUGUGGGAACUUAGAAGAAUUUGGAAAUUUAAAGCUGAAAAUUGAGAAUUGUAACAUUCUGUUUUGCAUCUUGGAUUUAUUUUUAUAUGUAUACAGUGGCAUUCCUACCCGGUUGUAUCAUCGACAAUGAAACACCUUGCAUAUCACAAUAAUAUAUCUUUGUUGAAUAGAUGUAGUAUUAGAAUAGAUAUCCAGUGCAAUACGAGAAACGAAUUAAUAUAAACGUUGUUGUAGAACUGAAUCGUGUUUUAAGCAAUGCGCUGAAUGCAACUUCUGCGUCAUUCAUUCACAGACGUAGAUUUAUGCAGGGUUGUCUCUAAAGUUUUUUGAAUCUUAGGCAUACAAAUGAAAGUCGAGUCCCUGCUUGUAUAAACAAAAAUGAAUGUAAUAUUUACAAAAAAUCACCAUUUUUUAGUUUAAUUUAUAUUAUUAUAAUUUGAAAUUGCAAAAAAGUAUAAAAUGAAAUAAAAGAUCGAUAAGUAUUAAGUUAUUUUAAGACAUUGAAAACUCUUGUUUUUUAAUUUUGAUGUACACUUAUUAAUACCCGGAUAACAAAGAGUUUUUGAAAUAAGAGCUAUUUUGCCUAAUGCAAAAUGCGGCCCUGAAUUCACAUAUGUUUUAUUGAAAAGAACAUUGGAUUGACUAAAAAUAUUUUAGUAUUUUGAGAAUAUGUUGUUAACAAUUAGACAGAAAUCAUUAGUUUGAAGAAAAUCAUAAUGGCAAAAGUAUUUUUUACUUUUGCAAGAAAUAUAUUGAAAACAAUGCCUUUUUGAAAAAAAUAUUUACCGGUUUCGAAAAGGUGCAACCAAUAUAUUUAUUUUCUAUUUUUUAAGUGUUCUCGAGAUAGAAGGUCAAUUUCCUUUUUUAAAAUGGAAAGGUAUUUGCAGAUUUUAGUUUUAUAGUUUUUAUCAGACUUCUGGGAAAAGUUAUUUAAUUUAUAUUUUGACAAUUCGACAGCAAACUUAUACAAAAUCCACUGUGCUUUUAAGUCCGAAUUAUUGAAGAUACAUUUGAAAAAUAUCUUUUCGAGAAGAUACUUAAUAAAUCUGAAAUAAAUGUAACAGUUGUACAUUUCCUCGAAAUCACGAAACUUUUAUAUGAAUUCAAAAUUCUUCCUUGGAAAAAUAUUCUUAAAACGUUUAAAGUUGACAUUUUGAAACGGGCACUCUAUAUAUGUGAAUACAGAUAGAAUAUUUUUUCAUUUUAUUUUUCUCGAAAUGUAAUGUUUUAUCAUAGGUGCUAUUUCGUGGACAGUGAUGUAUUAAUCAUUUUCAUCACCCUGUUUCUAAUAUAUGUAAUUUAUCUAAUGUAUUCUAAUUUAUCAGCAUUUAUGUGCGUUUACAAAACUUUGAUUUUUCAAAUUUUUAUGAAUCAUUUGUCAUCUUUCAUUAUUCAUCACAAAUAUAAAAAUAGUACGACUCGGUAAAGUCGUAGAAACUGAAGGUGGAUAUUAGGGUGAUCUUUAUUUAUUCAAAAAAGUGUUCUGUAGUUUCAUAGGACCAAUAUGUCCGCCCUUAUAAGCAAGUAAUACAAUACUUUUAUUAUGUUCAGCAAUUAAAUAUUAGGGGACGUUAUGAGUUAUUAAAAUUUGCAUUUUUCAAAAGCAAAAAUGCAAUUUUGUUUUCAAUAAAUUAUAAUUUUGAAACGUGCUUAUCGGAAUAUUAUUACAAUUAUCACAAUUUUUAUGAGUAGACAUGUCACAUUUUUAAAAAUGUGUUUCGCAAAUAUUAUUAGGCUAAUAAUGUCGAUUUUUUAAUGAGGACAUUUCUGUUAAAAUUCCUUGACUAAUGAUAACAAUUACUAUUUUCCUUUUUUAAAAAAUAUGUAACUUAUUGGUAAUAAGACUGUUAAAUAUAUUGAGUCGGGUAAAGAGUUAUGUCGGUGUUGUCAAUGGAUGACAUUUACUCAAGUAAAAUAUUUCUGUGAAUACUUAAAAUAGAAGAGCAAUAGUUAUAAAUGAUCAGGAAUGAGUAAGUGAAAUUGGUAACCGAAUAUCUCCUUAAAAACGACACAACUUGUUGUCCAACCCAAUAUUAAGAAUCAGAUGCAUGAAUUCGCCAUUGUGAAUAUUAUCAAGCCGCCACUGUUUAAAAUAUUAUGAAAUAUAAUAACAUUUUGCCAGACCUGUUUUUCGGCAUAGAGAACAAAAUGUUAAGAUAGCUAAAUAAUAUUUAAAAGGUUUAAUUUUUAGCAUCACCCUAGUAAGUAGGUAUGUCGUAUCUGGAAUGACUGUGCGCUACAGAAAUGAACAAAAUUCUGGGUGUUCUAUAUUAUAUAUCAAUGUAACAUUUAAUUGAUUAAAUUAACCAGUUGA